AACAUAGGAAAAGAUAGAGCAUAGUAUAUAGUACUAUAGCAUUAGCCUUCCAAUAAAUUAUAUAUAUUUCUGCCUUCUUUAUUCUCUCUUCUCCUUUGUUCUUGAUACUGCAAUCCGAUUAGGGUUUCUUUUCUCCACUUAGAUCACUCAUUUGAUUUCUUUUCAGUUCAUAGACUAUAAUAUGAGCAAUAUUCCAAGCUCCAAUUCUUGUAAUUUUUACUUUGUAUUAGAUCAUAUAUAUUAAGAACAAGUGGUACUAGGGUUUUGAAUUUUCUGUUUGGGGUCAUAGUCAAUUGUCAAAAGAGUUGAACGAAAAACGAAGAUCAACCCACAAAGUAAUUAUAGAUCUUUCUUCUUCGUUUCCAGCUCAUAAUCCGAUCGAUCGAUCAAAAUUUGCAAGCCUGGCAAAUCGGUGGUGGACUGGAGUUCAGGUGGGCUUGCCGGGGAUUGAACCGGCAUCCCUGGUGAGUAGCAAGCGAGAAAUGGAGCUCUCCAUCAAGGAGCCGAGAGAAGGUGCCGUGGAAGUGGGCAACCGCCGCCCCCGCGGCCGACCUCCUGGUUCGAAGAACAAACCGAAACCUCCGAUUUUCGUAACCCGGGACAGCCCCAACGCCUUACGCAGCCACGUCAUGGAAAUUGCCGGCGGCACCGACGUGGCGGAGAGCAUAGCCCAGUUCGCACGCCGCCGCCAGCGCGGCGUCUGUGUGCUCAGCGGCAACGGUUCAGUCGCCAACGUCACUAUACGGCAGCCUGCUGCGCCGGGUGCGGCGGUUGCUCUCCAUGGCCGGUUCGAGAUACUUUCUUUAACCGGGGCUUUUCUGCCAGGUCCAGCGCCGCCAGGAGCCACCGGUUUAACGGUUUACUUGGCCGGUGGACAGGGGCAGGUGGUGGGGGGAAGUGUGGUGGGGCCACUGGUGGCAGCAGGGCCCGUAAUGGUGAUUGCGGCAACUUUUGCUAAUGCAACCUACGAGAGAUUGCCUCUUGAAGAGGAGGAGGAGGGUGGGAGCUCAGGCCAGCAGGGGGGAGGGGGGAGUGGUGGUGCAGCCGGUUCUCCACCGGGAAUGGGAGGACAACAGCAGCAUCAGCAUGGGAUGGGUGACCCCUCAUCUUUGCCAAUUUACAAUUUGACACCAAAUUUAAUGCCAAAUGGAGGGCAGAUGAAUCAUGAUGCAUACGGUUGGGGACAUCCACCCGCCAUACUGUACUGACUCAGAGAUAAGGUAAAAUUUCCAGAAGAAAAAAUUAUCAGUUUCUAUGUUGUAUUAAUUUAGACAUAGGAUUAUGUGUAGCCAUAUAUAUAUAUAUAUAUAGAGAGAGAGAGAGACAGAGAGAGUUUUAUGUAUAUGUAUAUAUAUAUAUAUAUAUAUAUUUAACUUGUAUGCUUUUCCUUCCUGCAGCAGUUCAAUUUGCAAUAAUAGAAAUGGUUUGCUUGGAA